AACAUUUGUGGAUUGAGAUUCACACACAAAUGCAGCAACUCGCAGGCAAGUAGCUUGGAAAUCAAGAGAUACUGUGGAUCACGUCCUGUGAAUUUGUGAAUUAUGAGACGGUUUUAGCUUCACAGAGUGGCGCCACAAGUUUGAAAGGAACCAGUUUGAUCCUAUCAGAGGUUUCGUUGGGUCUGACCCGGAUGGACCCCAACGGAACUUCCGGGAAGCUAACAUGUCGACCAUGACGUCAGAGGUGAAGGUCAGUAGAGCGAACCGAACCGGUAGGUUUCACCAGAACCAGUGAGGCCAGCCACCGAACCAAGUGGUACAGAACCAGCUCCAGGUUGUUCCAUUCAGAACCCAGUGAGACCCGUCCUGACCAGAACCAUCAGAACCGAGGCUCUUUGCUGUGGACUGGAGCUGCUUCAGUUUCAGUCCAGAGAAGUUGACCUCUGACCUCUAAGUCACUGAAGGAGAACUCGGCUUCAGAGGCAGAGUCUGAUGGAGCCGGCCCGGCCCGGCCCGCUGUACCUGAGGAGCACGGCGACAGUUUCCCUGAACGAGCGCUUCUCUCAGCUCCUGAUGACCCGGCGGACCCGACCCGGCAGGCCCGGUUUCAGGAGCCGCAGGAGGAGAGCGGCGCUGGUUCAGGCUCCGCCCACCUGCCAGAAGAGGCGGCUGCGUGUGAGGGGCAGCGUGUGGACCCGAUUGGGGGGUCCGCUGCUGACCCGUGGGCUGACCCGACGGCGCUGGUCCUGGAGGCAGUCCGGGUUCUGGAGCUUCAGGAGAAAGUACACCUGGAGAGGCAGGUGCAGCGCCCCCUACAGGAGAAGGAAAGCACCGUCAGAGGUCAGAGGUCAGAUACGAGCCAGGCUGGAGGGUCGGGGCCUCAGACCAACAGGGGGUCUCCUGGACCCAACCGGUCUUCUUCUCUGCUGCUUCUCCAUAGGACGGGGGAACCAGCUGAGUCGGCUGGGACAGCGCCGCCUGGUGGAGACAUCAGACCUCCAGAACCAGACUGAAGGAGGGCGGGGUCCCACGUUACGGAGGGGCGGGGCCACGGCCUCAAAGGGGCGGGGCUUGGCCCCAAAGCAGCAGCUGGAUGCUGAGCUGGAUGAGUACAUGUCUCUGUCCAGAAGCAGGCUGGACCGGCAGCUGGACGACUACAUGUCCAUGUCCCGCAGACGCCUGGACCAGGAGAUGGACGAGUACAUGCUGAUGGCGGGCCAGUGUCUGGAGGACUGAGGGGCGGGGCCUGCAGGGGGCGGGGCUUGGUUUUAUUUUCUAUAAGCAGCAGAGAUCUGGCUGCUGAUUGGUUCCUGAGCUUCAGGUCUGUCUCUGGAGGCUUUUGUUUGUUCUCUGAUUGGUUGCUUUAUUUUUGUCUACUUCACUGUCUUCUCUCUGCGUUGGAGAUCCGAGUUCCUGAAGCUGCAUUUUUGUUCUCAAAGUUUGAAAAUAAAUGUGAAUCCAGUCUGGUGUUUCCUUUAGAGAAGAUGCUGGUUCCUCUGAGUGGGCGGGGCUAGCGCUCUGCUCCGCCUCCUGACUGUUGUGAUUGGUUCAUGAGUGCAGCUCAGUCUGCAUCAGAAACUGUUACUGACUGUUUUUAAUGUCAUAGACGUGCGGUGUUCGUUAAACUGUUGUGCAGCUCACAUCAACAAUAAACAUAAAACAGAUGGCCCCCAACCAUCACAGCCGGUCCUCACAAUUCUGGGUGUAGCUGCAGUUCCUGCGGCCGCCCAGAAGGUGGAGGUGUUGUUUCCCUAACUGGUUUAAUAAGAAUAUUAUUUUUGUAAAACAAUUAUUUAGCUUUCAGUGAUUUUUGAAAGUAAAAUAAAGAAACUUUCUCUAACUUCCCCUCCAGGGAGUUUGCUGUUCUGGACGUUGUUCCUAAAGAGGUUUUGCUCUUUAAGGUCGUCCUGAGAGGACAGAACCGCAUUCGGACUCUGAAUCCACUGUGGGGAAAGUUUGUUUCUCUACACCCUCGUCUAGAAACAGGAAUAUAAGAUCCUUCUUUCAGAAGGACAUUUCUACAGCACCUUAUGUGACCCUCAACUGGAGACAGAUUGUUUCUGAUAUCAAAUGGUCAACGGUUUGGACUCCAUCACGAACCCAACAGAACCAGCACCAGGAUACGGACCGCUCUGCUGUUUCUGCCAUUGGGACAGUGAGACGCUCCUUCACUGUCUGUCUAAAUUCAGUCUCAUUCUCAAUAGUUUUUCACUUUUAUUAACACUCAAUUUUAUGUAAUUAAUCUGUUGAUUCUAAAUUUCAUAUUCAUAAAUCCAAAUUUUCUUGCAAGAAGCCUCUGUUUUAUUUGUUUUUAUCUGAAUUUCAACAUGAACUAUUCUGACCUCUUCAGUCCCUCAGCAGUAAAAACUUGAAGCUGGAGAUGAUUCACCUGAAACGACCCGAGUUUCUGUUUUUAUUCGCUGUAACUCCUGGCAGGUUUUCCUUUUCCUCUAUUCUAUACAUUGUACUGACAUGUUGAUGCAAUAAAAGAAGAAAGAAACAAACAGCAGGUUCACUUGUCGCCAUGGAGACGUCCCGCAGGACCCAGCGGAACCAGUCCGAGGCCCGACUGGAGAGAUCAGCUGUGAGGAAGGCUCCUCCUCCUCUUCCUCCGGCAGGUUUUCCAGGAACGAGUCUAAACAUGAACACAUGGGGGAGCGGACCGGGUCAGAACCAACCCGCUGACCUCUGCUGCUCGCUGGGGUCAGUCUGUUCACAUUCUGGUUCGGUUCUGAAGAAUGAUCUUGUGGUUCUGUUUGGAGCCGGCUUCAGGUCCGAACCUGACCAGAACCAAACAGAACCCAGGUUCUGAUUAAGUUUAUUCUUCAAUCGGACCUCAGGUCAGUUUUUGUGAAAAUAAAGAACAUGCCCGACCCGGUUCAGCUCUGGUUCUGGAAGCUGAUGUGUGUUACUGAAAUCCACAGACCGAGCAGCGGCUUCUGAUUGGCUGCUGAGUCACGUGGUGCCGCCAGCAGCUCCUAAUAUGGACAUGAGGGCUGCAGGGAGCAACGAGUUCAGACAGAGGCUGCUUC